AUGUCUAAGCGUACUUUGUCCUCUUCCACUCCUUCCCGUCAAACUCGAGCCUCUACCUUGGCAACUUUACCCGACGUCGACCCCGAACUUCUCAUGCGUCAAACGAAAAGAAUGAGAAUUACUUCCCAAGCCGCCUCCUCUCAACCCCCAUUGGUCGAUGCGUCUCGACGAGCUCUCGAUACCAUUAAGGAGAAGUAUCAAUCCGGUCCUUCUCGCGAAGCACAAUCGUUCCUUGAUGACCAUGUCAUCGAGCAAUAUUUCGACUUCGAAGGGGGUGCUGGGCCAUCUGCCACUGGUGAGAACCUAUCUCCCGCCAAAUCCGUUGAAUCCGAACACCCUACCGUCGUCGAAAAUGCAAAUUCUCCCGGUAAGCAACUUACUGGUCCUCCUUCUGAGGCUUCCGACGAACUUGUGGAGGUUCCCGACGAGCUUGGUGGCAUCUUUCACGCCCCUCGCAAGGUUCCCGUCAACAAGGAACUGGUUAAGUUGCUCGAGGAUAGAAAAGACUCCGAAAUCGCUACCCUUUGGGCCGGCAUGACCUUCUCCUCUGUUCGUCUCGCGUUGAAGAACGAAGCUCUGGGCCGUUUCCGCGAAACCAACGCCAUCAAGCCCACUGUAAAGUGGUUUAAGAAUGCUCUCGAUCGUUUGGCCCAAGGUUGGCGCCUCCGCAACAAAAAUGGUGCUGUUGUUCGGCUAGAGGGUGAGCUCUGUACCGAUUGUCAACGUCGUCUCGAUGGUGGUGAAGACUUUCGUGUUGGUUGUAUUGGCCCUCUCGGUGGUGUGUGUGGUGAAUGCUCUGCUAAGGGUACUUCGAAAUGUUCGGUGAAGACCAACAAUCCUGAGUCCAAAUUCCGUGAGGUACCUGUCUAUUUCCUUCGAACUUGGUCGAUGUUGAUGUAUAGGGUAUCGUUGUGGGAGCAAGAACUGUCACUUCCAAGGUUACCUUUGUACUGGAGCACGAACUUUGUGCGGCUUCGGUCCGUUAUCGAUCCCUUCCUGCCCAUGACCAACCCGCCUGUCUGA